AUGGCAAACAAUAGAGCAGCUAAGUCUGGAUUUGCCGCAGAAGCACAAAGAAAGAUAAAUAGUAAAUAUAGUGAGGAGUUAGCGCAAGAAUCUCUUGAAUGGAUUCGAGAUAUUACAAAGGAGGAUAUUAAAACGAGUGGUGACAUGGAUAAUUUUUAUGAAAUCCUUAAGGAUGGAACUCUUCUCUGCAGAUUAAUCAACGAAAUCCAGCCAGGUUCAAUAAAAAAAAUUAAUGACUCGAAAAUGGCUUUUAAAUGUAUGGAGAACAUUAAUGCUUUUUUGGAAGCAGCGAAAAAUCUUGGUGUUCCAGCUCAAGAAACAUUCCAAACUGUUGAUCUUUGGGAACGACAAAAUCUUAACUCUGUCGUCAUUUGCUUACAGUCACUUGGAAGAAAGGCUGGAAAUUAUGGUAAACCAUGCAUUGGACCAAAAGAGGCUGAUAAGAAUGUCCGUAACUUUUCCGAAGAGCAAUUACGAGCUGGACAAGGAGUUAUAAGCUUACAAUAUGGUAGCAACAAAGGAGCAACUCAAAGUGGUAUUAACUUUGGAAAUACCCGGCAUAUGUAG